AGUCCACACACUGGGAACAAUACAUCUUGUUACCUAUAUUACACACACUGGUAACGAUACAAAUUUUUACCUAUAAUCCUUACAUUGGGAACAAUACAUAUUGUUACCUAUAGUCCACAUACUGGGUACAAUACAAAUUGUUACCUAUAGUCCACACACUGGGAACAAUACAAAUUGUUACCUGUAGUCCACAUACUGGGAACAAUACAAAUUGUUACCUAUAGUCCACCCACAGGGAACAAUACAAAUUGUUACCUAUAGUCCAUCCACUGGGAACAAUACAAAUUGUUACCUAUAGUCCACACAUUGGGAACAAUACAAAUUAUUACCUAUAGUCCAAACACUGGAAACAAUACAAAAUGUUACCUAUAGUCCACACACUGGGAACAAAGUACUAUGAUGUAAGAUGUUUCAAACACUGGAAACACAAUACAUUGUUACUAAAAUGUACCACACACUAGGAACAGAAUACUCACUGGCAACACAAUACAUUGUCACUAAAGAUGUACCACACACUAGGAACAGAAUACUAUGCUACUAAAAUGUUCCCAAAGAGACAAAAUGUUAUGUUACUUAUUCCCCCCAAAAACAUUUCUGAAGCAAUCUUUUUAUGCUACAAGUGUUAUUUUUAAUCUUCACACACCUACCGGAAAUAUAACAUCAAUAGUUUCCAAUUCUGAUUUGUUACUCUUUCUAAGGGAACCAUUCAUUUUCUAUAAACUGUUUACUUAAUCUAUUGUCAAUCCUUCUUCCCUCUAUAAUCCUAGUGAUAUGUUUGGGGCUAAUAACCUAUACAGAUCCCUAAUCUGAACUAAGCACAAAUACUAACACCACUCAACCUCAAGAAAAUCAAAGAAAACAGAUAAAGGAUGUGUUUGUGUGCAGUAAUACACAUCUCGUUGCAACUUGUGAAAUACGUUGGUUUGUAAACAUAAAGUCAUUUACAUUUUAUUUAGUUAUUAUUCAAUUAGAAUAAAACAACUGUUCCAGUGGUUUGAAUCUGCUGGGAGACCUACAGCUGCUGCUGUAUACAACAGUAGGAACAAUGUGAUUUACACAGGACGACCAUGUCCCCUUCAAUCUUACACAUCCUUUACAAACCUCCAUGUCCCCUUCAAUCUUACAUAUCCUUUACAAAACUCCAUGUCCCCUUCAAUCUUACAUAUCCUUUACAAAACUCCAUGUCCCCUUCAAUCUUACACAUCUUUUACAAAACUCCAUGUCCCCUUCAAUCUUACAUAUCCUUUACAAAACUCCAUGUCCCCUUCAAUCUUACACAACCUUUACAAAACUCCAUGUCACUUUCCUUCAAUCUUACACAUCCUUUACAAAACUCCAUGCCCCCUUCAAUCUUACACAUCCUUUACAAAACUCCAUGUCGCCUUCAAUCUUACACAUCCUUUACAAAACUCCAUGGCCCCUUCAAUCUUACACAUCCUUUACAAAACUCCAUGCCCCUUUCCUUCAAUCUUACACAUCCUUUAAAAAACUCCAUGUCCCUUUCCUUCAACUACACAUACUUUACAAAACUCCAUGUACCUUUCCUUCAAUCUUACACAUCCUUUACAAAACUCCAUGCCCCUUUCCUUCAAUCUUACACAUCCUUUAAAAAACUCCAUGUCCCUUUCCUUCAACUACACAUCCUUUACAAACCUCCGUGUCCCUUUCCUUCAAUCUUACACAUCCUUUGCAAAACUCCAUGUCCCCUUCAAUCUUACACAACCUUUACAAAACUUCAUGUCCCCUUCAAUCUUACACAUCCUUUACAAAGCUCCAUGUCCCCUUCAAUCUUACAUAUCCUUUACAAAACUCCAUGUCCCCUUCAAUCUUACACAUCCUUUACAAAACUCCAUGUCGCCUUCAAUCUUACACAUCCUUUACAAAACUCCAUGUCCCUUUCCUUCAACUACACAUCCUUUACAAAACUCCGUGUCCCUUUCCUUCAACUACACAUCCUUAUCAAAGACUGCAUGUCCUUCUAAAACUACCUAUAUCAUUGACAAAGACUUGAUGCGUCCCCCCCCCCCUUCCCCCCAAAAACUACACAUCCUUAACAAAGAAAUGACAUCCCUCUCAACUACACAUCCUCAACUUAGACUAGACAUCCCUCUCAACUAUAGACCCUUAACAAAGACUUGACAUCCUUCUCAACUUUAGACCCUAAACAUAGACUUGACAUCCCUCUCAACUACACAUCCUCAACUAAGACUAGACAUCCCUCUCAACAAAAGACACUUAACAAAGACCUGACAUCCCUCUCAACAAAAGACACUUAACUAACAAAGACCUGAAAUCCCUCUCAACUAUAGACCCUUAACAAAGACUUGACGUCCCUCUCAACUAUAGACCCUUAGACUAUAGACUUCUAAGUCUACUCAUUCUUCAUAAUGACCUAAAUUAUUUUAUGCGAUAUGAUUUGGUUGUCACCUUCAAUGAUGACAUAUCAAACAGUUGACAACUUGUUAUAGUUGUUGCCUCUAGUGAGAGUUUCCACCUUGGCAUACUUGUCACCUUAAGUGAUGUCAUGCAGUUUUCUUCUAGAGAUAUGAUAUCAAUUUCAUUUGACCAUUCCUUACCGAUUGUUUUGAGAAUUAAGUUUUCAAAGGCAGUCCAGUUCAGACAACAAUUGAUCUGAAAACGUUGGUGCUAUUGCCACUCUGAUGUCAUUGGCUAGUUGUCAGGUGACAUGU